GGAGCGCCCCUUCGCCUCCGUCCCGGGGUGGGAGGCGGGCUCGGAGCAGGCUCGCCCGGGGAGCAGCAGGCGACGAAGCCCCGGGGGAAACCAGGUCGCGCCAAGCCCGGGCAGAUGCCGUCCCCCUGAACUGCCCCCCCCCGCCUUUCCUCACCGGCGCCUGCGGGGGUCGGGGAAGCCGAAGAGGGGAUCGCCGGAAAGUUUCCGACGGAGGAGGACCGGCCGCGGAGGCUGCGCUUUGGGGAAGGUGCCGGGACGCUGCUCUCCACCCUUCUGAUCGGUCUCCAAGAGUUUGGCGAGAGGAAGACUCGGGGACCCACCUGGGCGCUUUUCCUUCUACAAGAUGAGGUGAGGAAGCAGCCCAGGGACCGGACGGGGACAGCUGAAGACUUUGAAAGCGCUGGAGGGCUCCAUCGGCUGCUGCUAACUGCUCAGCUCAGGAAUACAGACCACUUCGUUAUUCUUCAGGGAUCUAAGCUCCUAUUUAUUCUUGGUGGACCAGCCUCUCCUCCUGGCUUCUGAGUCCAGCCAUGGCUUUCUCCCAGGUUCAGUGUCUGGACGACAGUCACGUCAACUGGAGGUCCAGUGAAUCCAAACCAGAGUUCUUCUACAGUGAGGAGCAGAGGUUGGCCUUAGAAGCGCUGGUGGCCAAAGGACCCGAAGCCUUCUAUGAAGUCCUCAAGAAGGAGAGCAUCCGAAACUUCCUCUCUGAGCUGGAGCUCAAAAAGGUCCUGGAGACCUUGGAGACCUACGAUCCGGGCGCCGAGUAUCCCCUCAAGGACAGGAAUGGCUGUGUGGACAGUGGCAGCCAGACCGAUGACCAAGGCCCAGGGCCUUCUUUGGAGUACUGGCCGGAAAGAUCUGACCGAUCCAUCCCGCAGCUGGACCUGGGCUGGCCGGAAGCCAUUGCGUACCGUGGGGUGACCCGAGCUGCCGUUUACAUGCAGCCUCCCAUUGACUACCAGCCCCACAUCAAAGAGGUUGUACGCAAGAUGAUCUUCCAGGCUCAGAAGGUUGUUGCGGUGGUCAUGGACACCUUCACGGAUGUCGACAUAUUCAAAGACCUCCUGGAGGCAGGAUUCAAGCGGAAGGUGGCCAUCUACAUCAUCAUAGACGAAUCCAAUCUGAAAUAUUUCCUCCAGAUGUGCGAGCGAGCCCAGAUGCACGCCGGCCACCUGAAGAAUCUCCGCAUCGGCACAAUUGGGGGCACCGAGUUCUUCACCCGCUCCGCCAUGAAAUUCAAGGGGGCCUUGGCUCAGAAGUUCAUGUUUGUGGACGGGGACAAAGCCAUGUGUGGCUCCUACAGCUUCACCUGGGCAGCCGCCAGGACCGAUCGGAACGUCAUUUCCGUCCUUUCAGGCCAGGUGGUCGAGGCCUUUGACAAACAGUUCCAGGAGCUGUACCUCAUGUCUCGGAGCAUCAGCCUCAAGUCCAUCCCCCUGGGCGAGGAACCGGAACCCGAGCCGGUCAUCCUGCCUUCGGUUAUCUCGCUGACCCCGGCCAGCUCCACGGCGAAGAAGCUAAUCAAUCCAAAGUAUGCUUUGGUCAAGGCCAAAAGCACUGAGCAGGUGGGGGGCAGUGGCAAAGCCAGCAGUGACAAGGUCCUCAGUGAACAACAGACAGAGGUCCAAAGCAAGGUCAUCCCUGAAAACCGCGUGUCCGAGAGGCCCAGCAACCUUAUGGAGAAGGUGCCACUCAUCCACCCUGGGCUCCUCAACCUGGAGAAGGCCAAUAUGUUUGACUACCUGCCCACUUGGGUGGAGCCAGAUCCAGAACCUGGAAGCGAAAUUCUGGGCUACAUCAACAUCAUCGACCCCAAGGUGAAGAACAUCCAGCUUUCUCAAAUCAACCGCAUCAAGGUGUGUGAUGUUUCCAAGGCCAACGCCCAACACAGGCAGCUCCUCAAGCAACAAAAGGCCCAAGAGGCCAAGAACAAAGCUGGUCAAGAAGGGGCCAAGAACAAACCUUCUCAGACUUCUCCACCCCUGGUAGAAUCUGCCCCUCUUUCAGCCCAGGAUCAGGAACCUUCUUCCAAACCAUUGGCCACCAGCCCCAUGGAAAAGAAUCCCGGACACCUAGUCAAUGGGGAGACAAUUGCCACUCUGGCCAACAACCGGCACUUGAAGCAACUGCUGGACCCCCAAGCAGAUGACCAAAGAGCUGCUGCCCCAGUGCCCAAACCAAGGAGAGUCCACACGAAAGACCCCAUUUCCAAGAAAACAGAAUAUGCAGAGAAGAAAGCAGGGACAGCAGAGAACCCUGUUGUUCACCAGCCAGGGACCAUCACCACAAAUCCAUCAUCCAAAGAAGAAACCCCCCAGAUUGCCAACACAGGGAACCAUCUCAAGGUGAGCAUGGAAACAGCUGGGACUCAGGAAGGAAACGUCCUCCCCGUGAAUGGGGUGCAAAGUGGUGAGGGGGAGGCAGAAGAGGAAGAGGAGGAAGACUACGUAACCUUCAGUGACCACGGAAGCCUCUCCAAUAGCUCCCCUGCCCAUAGCUGCAACCUCUCCAAGGCAUCCAUCCACUCUGACAAACACGGGGGGCAAGACCACAUUUGCCCUCUGCGGAGGACCAACUCCGACUUCCUUCUCAACGGAGAAGGGCCCAGCCUUCACCACUUGCAACGGAAACUGAGUGAGCCUUACAUCAGCUGGGGGACCUUUGUAAGCCCCCUGGGGAGCCCCCCACCAAGGCUUACUCCUCCUCUGGAGGAAGCCGCUCAAAGGAGGAGAAGGAAAAGUGACAGCCUGGAGGAGACGAGGUGCGUUUGGGAAAGGGGCCUCCCCCUGCAUGCUUUACCUGCUGGCUACAUUACCUGUCCGAGCGAUGCUCUACAGGGGCCCCAACUGUUCUGCUACGGAUCCCGGGUGCAAGUGUCGGCAGAACGGGCCAAAAGCCAUCCCCAGCAGCGGAAAAGCUCCAAGGAGGACAAAGGCCCGCAGGACAGAACUGGGGCCAAGAAACUCGCCCCACCCUCAGCCAACCCCUUGUUCUGGCAAAGGAAAAACUUCACCUCUGCUAAGAAUGCCCAGCCCAGCCCCGUCUUCCACAGAGGUGGCACAAGCACCCCAAGAGCCACUGGUCAGUCCCUGUCUCCACUCCCCGAAGGCCAGAGGUCCCCAAAAGAAAUAAGGACUCCGCUGGGCAUUCCUCUGUCCAAGCUCUCCCAGUCAAAGCACUUGAAGAGCAAGGCGUCCCAAUGGGAGUCCAAACGGAAGCCCGCUGGGACCAGCCAGCCCAAGGACCAGUAAGGCCGGUGGAGACACCAGAACGACCGAUGGAAUGGGGAAUGGGCUGCUUUGCAAUUACCUGGUCAGUGCACCAGUACCACGUGGCCAAGACGGUCAGACCCAGAGUCAUGCCCGUCCAGGGCAGGUCUCCAGUGAUGGGAUCCCGGA